GGGUUCCGUUAGUCUCAUUUAGGAAAAGAGAAACAGCAACCACAGCGGGGAAGAGAGAGAGAGAGAGAGAGAUAGAGAGAGAGAGAGAGAUGACGAGAGCUAAGCAGCGGACGAUUGAUCUCGAAACCUACGAGGGUUUCCUUCAGAACCCCCAUUACCAAUACCCCACCAUCAACCAGCUCAACCAGAUAAUCCAUAUGCACGGAUUCACCAAACUGCACAGGCGUCCCAAGAGGGUUCUGAUUGACGCCCUAAGCAUGAUGGAUCUACUGAUCCCGCUACGGUCGACGUUGAAAGAAAGAGUGUCGUCGUCCUACGCUUCUUUACCUAUCGAGCAAGUGAAGGAAGAUCUGGACAUUCUGGAAUGGCAGGAAUGCCCCGUUCGAUCAGUUGAAACAGUGAAACAGCCACAGCAGGAAGUUCAACGCCGGUACCAGAAACUCGCCGGUGGGAAUCUCUUACCCACCCGCCUUGGCCAUACCAAGCGGGUGUCGGAGAUGGCAAUGGGGUUCGGCAACACAACGAAAAAGCCUAGAUCGAAGAGAAAGAGAGGAAGCCUAUUGAAAGCAGGUUGUGUUACCAGCAAAACUGAUGCCAAUCUAUCCGCCAUUGCUGCUGCUUCUAUGCCUUCUCCUCCAGUUUUUGCCAAUCUUGGCUUCUCAAUCCCAUCCAUGGAUGGCGCAUGGUAUCGACUAGAAACUAUUAGAACGCAGAGAACUUUGGGGUUCCACUGAAUAAAUUAGCCUAUUUCGUUCAGAUUGAUCUGUGUGCUUCCAGGGAUUGUUUUUGCUCUGUUCAUACAAAUCCGUCUUUCUAUCCUCUUUCU